GAAUUUGUUUAGUCAAACAGUUCAGAACAAAAACACAAUUUCGGAACGAUUUUUUUAAGACACCAAAAUUUCCUUGUGUCCUUUUAUUUUUUUUUAAUAUUUGCCAAAUGGAUCAGCCGAAGGCCAAGUUAUCGACUAUCGAUGGCGAGUCCGACUCGCCCCGGAGCCCCAGGAAGGUGACGUCGAUGAUUCCUGCGGCGGCACCGGAACCCGUUCUUCCCCCGGAAACCGAUUCCGGCUUCAGUUCGGCGGACAGCAGCGAUUCCGUGCCCCAAGUGGCGGCGGUGGCCUCGCCCUGCCUGCUGCGCCUCCGAUUGGCCCAAACACAACCGGAAAAGCCCAAGAAGAAGCGCGUCGGCUUCCAUGCCGGCGUUAUCGAUAACGAGCACAUGAAUCGCCGCAAAUCGAAGUGCUGCUGCAUCUAUCGGAAGCCCCAUCCCUUCGGCGAGAGCUCCUCCUCCACGGACGACGAGUGCGAGAACUGCUUCGGCCAUCCCGAGGUGAAGGCCCGCAAUCGGCUGGAAAAGCUGGAAAAGCGCAGGCAGCAACACCAGAACUGCUGCUCUUGCUGUCGUCAUCACGUCCCUCGUCCCGUUAAUCGAAACAAUCGGCUGGCUAUCGAUGAGAUCGCGGCGGAAAAGGACAGUAAUCGGGAUGAAGAGGAGCAAAAGUCUGCGAUCAAGAACCGAAAUGAACCAAGUGGCGAGGAAGUUAAGAAGGACUAGGAAGCGAUCACCCUCGACAGACCCUAAUUCUCAAUUUGUGCAAAAACCAGAAACAAGUAUGAACUACAAAAUCAAAGUCACGUUUUUGUAAUACCAUUAUUUUUUAACAA